AUGGCGAAAAAGAUUUCCACUUUGAAACCACCAGCCUCUGUUGGGAGAGAAGAUCCAUUAUUUCUUGAGAAAUGGAUAAGAGACUUUGAAAAAAAAUUCACGGCCACAGGAACGCCUGCGGCCCAGAAAGUAGACCAAGCAACAUUUUACUUACACGAAGAUGUCGAUACUUGGCAGAAAUACAAUGAGUUUAAUAGGCUCAACCAGAGCUAUAACAUCAGUGUGCAAGAGUGCGCUCAGAAAUUUAAUGAGUAUGCCCGCUUUUGCCCAACUGUAGUGCCAGUUGAGGGAACUAAGGCUCAGAAGUUUGAAGACGCACUUAACUUUGAUCUUCAGACUCGAAUGGAUGGUAGCACCUCAACUACUUUUGCGGAAGCGUAUGCUAAGGCCUCAAACCUAGAGAGAAUUCUACAGUGUGAGAGAGGGGUGCUAAGUAGACAUAAAAGGAAGGAACCUACUGGCAACAACAACAGUCAAGGGUAUGACAAAAGGCCCAACAACAACAAUGGUGGAUGCUACAAAAUCUGCAAAAAUCAGAAUUCUGGACAACAUGCCCAAAAAGGAAAUAGGAACCAAAAGAACUUUGUUUGCAAGAAGUGUGCCAAGAGCCAUCGAGGGCUCACUUGUCAGGGUGAAAGGAUCAAGUGUUUCGAGUGUGGAGAAGUAGGUCACAAAUCUUUCAACUGUCCUAAGACGCAAGCUCAAAAUGGACCAAAUGGGAAUAAUGGUUACAAUGGAGGUGGAUAUAUAAUUCAAAACUUCAAUAACAACCUCCCUGGUGGAGGAAAUGUUGCACAAAACAAGAACCAGAACAACCACUCUUUUGGAGGUGGAAAUGGAAACUAUGGAAAGAAUGGCAUGGAGGCUACACUGGCGGAAGAAUAA